AUGAGAUUUUACUUAGCGUUUCAUGGAAAUACUUUAGUUGGUAAGUUCGCACAAAAAGGUUUACCAGGAUUGCGCUUCCUCUUUAAAUAAAGUUAUUGUAUUGUAUUGUAUUGAUGUUUCGAUGGGUGUCCUCUAUUUAAGCGUGGUUUUAGUUCUUGGAAAAAAUGAUAAAGCUAUGUACUGACUAUUGUUUGUGUUAAGAGAGCUAAGUAGACAUGAUAUUACGGAAAGCAGGAACCAGCAUUUUGGCAUUGUUGAAGAAUGUUAAAAGAGCCCAGAGGCUGAUACUUACCUUUUUGCCGAUCGAAGAGAUAGCCGAAGUACUGCCUUGAAACAUGGUAAUUUAAGCUAAAAAAUAAACGGUAAAAUUUACAACAACGUUUCAACCUUGCUUUUGGUCAUUAUCAAGUUGAGUAGGAGAGUAAUAAUAGCAAAUAUGUUUAUAUAAAGAGCGAAAAAAUGGAAUAAAAAUGUGUAAAAAAUAAGACAGGAGCGUUAAAAACAAUACAAACGUGCAGAAACUAAAAGAUGUUAGAAAACAUAAUAAGAGGAACUUAACAUCGAUCGAGGUAGGCAUGUUUUUAAAGUAAGAAAUAUUUUAUAACAUUCAUUGCAUUCGGCAUUUUUAAGAUCUGAAAAAAUUAUGCAGAUUGAGGAGGGUGUUAGAAGCCGAGGGUUAAGGCUUCCUCCAUAUUUUCAGAUCACACCCAUCCUCAUCCAUUAAAUAAUACAGAGUAACUUCUGGUUUGCUGUUCCUCUGGGGCGGUGCCUUGCAACAGCUUGCUCCUGGAGAUCGGAAAAUCACCAGCGGUCUCCCUGUCUUAUGCUUAGCACGCCUUUCAUCUUACACUGCCCACAGAAAAACAGAAAAAUGGCUAUGUGCGUAAAAUAUAAGAGGCUCAUCAGCCGUCUGCUUCUUUCUUUGUAGAUUGUAUUUGCGAAGAGUUAUUAAGACUGCGGAUACUUGUUGUUUUUUUCAUAUCUGGCGAUCGCAAUAUCCCUUUCGCGUUCAAAGCAGCUAUUCAUUAAUGAUAGCCUCUUAAACAAAUCUUUAUUGCGGUGUCUCUAAGACUCACUAAAGUCUUUUAAAGACAAAUGUUACGCUUCUUUGAGCAAAGCGGGGUCCUUAAUGUCAAUAAAUUUGUCUUUUUCAAUUGCUUGUUUGUUUGCUUGCUUUUUGUUAAGUAUCCGUUACGUAUAUAUUUGCACAUUUUUUGUUUUACUUUUUUCAAACUACGUAACAAAAGGGUAAUUUAAAAAAAAAGCUGCCAAUAGAUACUUAGUAAAUAGCAAAAUAUCAGAUAAAAGAAGAGGAAAAGAAAAAAUAAAUAGAUUCUACACAUUUUGCUUCUUCAUUAUCAUCUUUGUCUUGAUACGGAGCUCCGCGCGGAACCUAUCCUGGUAUAGAGCACGAAGAGCCUUUUUUCCGCUUAAAAGUCACUUUAUAGUCACGGCAACGUACGUCCGAUCGAACGACCCUGCUCACGUACAAACUCUAGUAGGGGAGCUGCCACUGAACGUUCUUUUUGAUACAAAGGGUUCUGGGAAGGACCUUAGGUAAAUUAUUACUCACGGUUUUUUUACAUAAUUUCAGUUAUCGUGACCAACACUGACAUAGUUAUGUCGGAAUCAGCUGAAAUUGCUGUGACAGUUGUAACGUCAGUGCUUAUCAUCACAAGUAUCGUAGGAAACUCUCUUGUUUGUGCCGUCAUCAAGAAGAAUCGAGACAUGAGGUGAGAACUAUUCAGCAACGACACCACGUACUCCCUUCAACCACUUGAUGCCAAAUAAUUUUUUUACUAUACAACGUAUCUUGCAGAAUUUACCAUCAAUUUCAUUAAUGAGUCCAAUUGACAAUUUUUAACGAGACCAUCAGGCACCUUGUUUACCCCAAAAUUUUACCUGACCAUUUUUCCCAAUUGAUAAUAAAUUCAAAUGACUGUUUUCACCGAUGCACCGAUGUCCCCCCCCCAAAAAAAAAAAUUUACGCAACCAUUGUUUCCAAUUUCCCCUGGGCAUUAUAGUCGUCCCGAGAGAAAUCGAAGACAGUGGUUAUGCAAUUUUUUUUUGUGGAGGGGUGUAAACAAGGUGCAUUAUGGCCUCAGUAGAAAUGGUGAAUUGAUUAUUGAGAAAAGGCACUUACUGUGGAACUCACAAAACCGUGAACACCAGAAAUAUUUAUGGAAUGUUAUUGUGUUGCAAGAAAUAAGCCAAUAAGGCGCGAGAUAACUAAACCGCAAACAGCAACGGUAAUUAAUUUGUGGUUCUGAGGUUUGCUUGCGUAUCCUGAACUUUAUUGUGAUUGGCCAAUACACAAUCAACAUUCCUGAAAUUUUUCAGGUGUUCACGGUUUUCUGAUAACGUAAUUGCAUCACUGUAUUCAAGUUUUGAUAAAUCUGUAAUUUCUUUUCGCCGUUUGUCGGUAAAGAAUAAUUCUUGAAGUAUGACAUGGUAUGCCAUACAUACGUACUUACAUAUACCAUAUUUAACCUCGAAUUCAGAGUAGUUAAAUAUAAGCUAUAACUUUCGCGUUACAAGUAAAGUUCUAAAUAUCACUAAAAUUUUGAAAUUAUAAUGUCGCCUGUUACAAUACGUUGCGUUAUUUCAUCAUUUAAUUUUCACAGAAAUCCCAUAGAUUAUCUACUGGUGAACCUUGCAGUGGCGGAUAUCAUCUAUACAACAUUUAGUUUACCAGGCAUUGUGUUGAGACACACUAACAGUCACCCAGGGGGAGUGACUGGCAAGGUGUUGUGCAUAGUACUGACAAAGGGAAUCAUUGCGUGGGUCGGGGCUUUUUCUUCAGUGUUAACUCUUCUUGCCAUUGCCAUAGAACGCUACCUAAGCGUUAUACACUCCCUCGGCAGCAAAGCAAAUCUUACCAUACGCAGACUAAAGGUAAGUUGCACUUCCAAAACCUUACAGCACCUAGCUAGUGUAAUAUCACUAAUAGGCGAAUCCUUUUUUACAUUUUUUGCAUCAUUAACAUAUCCUUAUCAUUAAUCUGAGCUCGAUAUACCGAAUACGUUUAGAAGAAACUUUCCAAAAAUGUAUGAGCUUUUUGUCCCCAGCAAUUUCGCAGUUAUUGAUUCCUGAUAUUUCCUCUGUUAUUGAUUGCAAAGAGCAGAAAAUUGCACAAACUGCUCCAAUAAAGUAACUCUUUUAACCUUUGAACUAAAGUUGUUAAUACGACUUAAUUCGGGAAAAAAGGUUUCAUUAAUUAACCUUUAGUGAGGGGCUGUGAAAAUUUAGGAGGCUAUGGAAGAAUUUGAAGAAUUUCAUGAUCAAAACAUCGUUUAAAGAGAUAUCUUUCUAGAUUAGCUUUAGAUUAAAAUAUUAAAUUAAAACAUAUCUUUUUACAUUAAAACUUAUCAUUGGAUUAAAACAUAUCUUUUUAGAUUAGCUUUUAAGAAGUUUUAACUUGAUUUUAUUCUCAUUUUAUUUUAUUUAUGAAUUUUUAUCAGCAUUUUUUCUGUUAAUCGGUGUCAUCUUUCAUAGUCGAUAUCAUACAUUUAUUUUAUAACUUUUAAUUAGUAUGACCGUAAAGCGCUUUCGAUCAUUUAUACAUGUAUGUUAAAAGGCGCUAUAGUAGAUUUAUAAUUUAUUAUUAUCAUUAUUACUAGUGUUAUUAUUAUAAUACUACUACAUGAGAAAUUUCUUCAAUUUGAUUGGCUAAGAGAAGUGGUACUUCAGCUUAAUUUGAAAUACCUACAUGUGAAAAUUACAAAACCUUUGCGGGUAGUAGUAUAAACAAAUAAUAGCAUGAUUUGUACGUGAUAUUUGGCAUAAAUACCACUAGUGAUAUUUCAAAACUGUCUCAAAUUUCACUCACCUAACGGCUCGUGAAAUUUCGUAUAACAAUUUUGAAAUAUCACUCGUGGUAUUUGUGCCAAAUAUCACUACAAAUCAUGCUAUUACCCAUACUAAUGAGUAGAAAUUACAGAUGUGUGAAAUUUGUAAAUAUCUCCAAGAGCUCCCUUGGCGUUUUCUCCGACGAAUGCUCCACGUUCUUAGACAUGAUGAAUGACACUGGCAUUGACAAAAAGCAGCAACUUUAUAUAAUCAAGAAAAUGAUAAACAUAGUCAUUAGAGCAACAUAUUACAUCUUUUGUUGUAGAAAUAGGAAUUGGGAUAGCCCAGACUUAAUGCAAUUUUGAUUUUCUUUUCUUUUUUUUUUUUUUGUUUUAAUAAUUCGAUUUCAAGCGGCAUUUGUAAAUUGCCUAUACGUAGCGAGAUUUACAAUAAUUAUUGUACAUUCAAAAACAAAAAUAAAGUUUCCACUAUUAUUAUUAUUUAAGGAUUUGCGGAUGCAUCAAAAUGUACUAAAGUAAAUCACUGUUCGGUAUCUAUGAAUAAGUAGUACAAUAGUGUAGCACUUCUCAGUGACGUCCAUUUGACAUUUCUUACCCGCAAAAAUUUCAUUUCACAGACUUGAGAAUUUGUUACAUGAGUUAGGGAUUUUUCCAUUGUGAGAGAAAUACAUUUUAUUCUACCAGUUGUCCUAGCUCGACAAAACUCAGAAAUGACAAAACAACAUGCUCAAAACUGCCCAAAGAAGUUCGAUUUAGCUUAAUGUUGUUUCCAUUUUCCAUCACUAGAUUAUUAUUCCUAGUUUUUGGUUCUUUUCAUUGAUAUUGGAAAUCCCGCCAGCAACAAACAUGGCAUUAGACAAGAGAUUCGAUCCAAAAUUCUGCCCCAAGAUGCGGCUUCACUACAAGACAUGGAUACAACAUGGUUACGUAUUCUUGUGGUUUACGAUGGUUGUCAUUUCCAUUGCGGUGAUGAUUGGGUUAUAUUCCAGAGUCGUGUUCACUUUGUGGGCCAGGUGCAACAACGAUGAACUCACACAUCGACAGAGGGUAUUUCAUUUAACACGUUAAAAAGACGUUCACCUAGUACUGUACAAUAAUUCGACCGGUUGAAAAUUCGUGCGUUUAGGGGUUUAGUUCACAGGGAGCCUCCGUAAAGAAAUUUAGACUCCCAACCGUUCAAUAAGUUGAUCUUCAAAAUCGAGUUCAAAUUUUGAGCCGGUACGGUCAAAAGAUUGAUCAGCGUGGUGUUAACACAUUGACCACCUAAAGGCGUGGUUGCAUGAAUGCUUGGUAGUUAGUUGGAAGACGCCAUUUUGGAUUGGCUUAAGUUGUGCUCUGGGCAAGGACAGAUGGUUAAAACGCUGAAAAAGGUAAAAUUCAACCUGGUUCGUGAGGGAAAUAUUGAACGGUUCCUUGUGAACGAAAUGUCCGAUCAAAUUUUUUCAGCCAGUCGAACUUUCGUCCGGUACCGUGUGAACGUAACUUUAAAGCUUUUUUAAAUUCUGACGAGAUUUUUUUCUCAAUUGUGCUCAAUUUUCGGUCUUCCUUCUGAUUUUAUUUCUUUCUUAACAACUACACUAUAUUUACUUGGUUACUGAUAACACUCACGGUGGCUCGCCUGCAUUUUUCAGGAAAAUAUCUCCCAAGUUUGAGCACGUCGCCGUUAUCAAAGAUAUAGGAAACGACCAUCACAGCUUAAUCAGACAAAGAAAAAAAAAUUGUUAUUUACAAAGGAACCUCGAUUUAACGGACGGCCAAGGGACUGACAAAAUUUGUUCGUUAUAACGAGGAUCUGCAUGAAACACUGGGAAAGCUUUAUGACCUCUAAUAAACGAUAGACUCAGAGGGCAAAAGUAAGAUUUAGUCAGAUUUUAGAAUACUCCGAGCACUGCAUAAUCUUAGCGAAGGUGGCGUGGAAGCUACUUCAAUGCAUGCAUGCUCAAAUCCCUUCCAGUGUUGUUAAAUAUGCCUGCAAGCAAAAUAAGGGUAACGUCAUUACAUUACUGUGGCAACUGCGAAGUCAACGUAACACUGUUAACAGCAAACUUUCAUCUUUACCUAAUACAGCUGUGGUGAUGACUUUUCCAAAUCUUUUUAAUGGCGACGUAGUUAAUACUUAAACUUGGACGUAUUGCCCGUGAAAGUCUAGUCGAGCCAACAUAACUUAAGUAGUUUUUUUACUGAACUGUUAAACCAAUCCCAGUAAGGGAAUGGCCGUUUGACUGACGACAAAAUGUUUUUUGCUCCAACAAACUUUAAAAUAAUCUGCAAUGUGGUUUUGUGCUUUUUUAUGCAGGGAGUGUUGAAGGUGCGAAAGCGAGUGACCUUAAUGAUUGUAACUGUCAGUGCCAUAUUUGGUAUCACUUGGCUCCCAGAUGUAAUUCUACACGUCGUCGAACAAACAACCAGCAUCAAGUUCAGUCCCGCCAUAUUUACUAUCGUUCACACCAUCAUCAUGUUUAACUCCGCUGUCAAUCCAUUUGCAUACGCGUUAAUCAACCAGCGAUUUAGAGAAAAGAUGAAACGAUUGCUGUGCUAUAGUUCAAUUUUAUCGGAACUCAGGAGCUCCACAAAUUUGCAAUCACACAGCAUCGAGUUAAUGAACAGUAACAUCACUCAGCCACGGCCAUAG